AUGAAGGCCGAUGAGCUCGUCGCCAUCUCGACCUCCCUCGGAGGGGACUUCAAGUCCAUCGAGCCCCAUCUCGUCCGCCUCGAGAAGCACCUGGUCCUGCGCACCUACCUCGCCGGCUACACCCUGAGCGACCUCGACGCCAAGAUCUGGGUCGCCAUCAAGAGCAACCGUGCCGCCGUCGCCUUCGUCAAGAAGGGCUCCUACGCCAACCUCGCCCGCUGGUUCGCCUACGUCGAGCAGGUCCACCCCGAGAUCCAGACCGAGGUCAAGGCCGCCGACAAGGCCCGCAAAGAGAAGGUCGCCGCCGCCAGCAAGGCCGGUGGCAGCUACAACCUCGCCCUCCAGAACGCCGACCAGGGCGUCGUCUGCCGUUUCCUGCCCGAGCCCUCGGGUUACCUGCACAUCGGCCACGCCAAGGCCGCCCUGCUCAGCGACUACUUUGCUCACCAGGCCUACAACGGCAAGCUGCGCCUGCGUCUCGACGACACCAACCCCAGCAAGGAGAAGGAGGAGUUCCAGGAUGCCAUCAUCGAGGACCUGGCCCUCAUGGGCGUCAAGCCCGACUUUGUCAGCUACACCUCCGACUACUUCGACCACCUCUACGACACGUGCCUGGGCCUGAUCAAGAGCGGCCACGCCUACGCCGACGACACCGACGUCGAGACCAUGCGCGACGAGCGUGGAAAGGGCGUCGCCUCCAAGCGGAGAGAGCGCACCGUCGAGGAGAACCUGGCCAUCUUCGAGCAGAUGAAGCAGGGCGCCGAGGACGGCCUGAAGAACUGCAUCCGUGCCAAGAUCUCGGUCGACAACCCCAACAAGGCCAUGAGAGAUCCCGUCAUCUACCGCUGCAACGUCAACGACGCCCACCAUCGAACCGGCCGCAAGUGGAACAUCUACCCCACCUACGAUCUGGCCUGCCCCGUCGUCGACAGCCUCGAGGGCGUCACCCACGCCCUCAGGUCCACCGAGUACACCGACCGCAACCCCCAGUUCCAAUGGUUCCUCGACACCCUGAAGCUGCGCCAGGUCCACAUGUGGGACUUUGCCCGCAUGAACUUCAUCCGGACUUUCCUGUCCAAGCGAAAGCUGGCCAAGCUGGUCGACACCGGCCGCGUCUGGGGCUGGGACGACCCCCGUAUGCCUACCAUCCGUGGUGUGCGCAGACGCGGUAUGACCAUCCCCGCUCUCCGCGACUUCAUCCUCAAGCAGGGCCCGUCGCGUAACGUUGUCGUCAUGGACUGGACCAGUUUCUGGGCUGCCAACAAGAAGGAGAUCGACCCCGUCGCCCCCCGACACACGGCCAUCCUCGCCAAGGACGCCGUCAAGGUGGCCAUCAUGGGCGACGAGGCACCGGCUACACCUCACACCGAGGACAAGCCCAAGCACCCGAAGAACCCCGCCAUUGGCACCAAGAAGGUCGCCUUCAGCAAGGAGCUGAUCCUCGACCAGGCCGACGCCGCCCUCUUCAAGAACGACGAGGAGAUCACCCUCAUGCAGUGGGGCAACGGUUUCGUGCGGGCCAUCGCCUCGGGCGAGCCCAUCACCUCGAUCACCGUCGAGCUGAACCUCAAGGGCGACGUGCGCUCGACGGAGAAGAAGGUCACGUGGUUGUCGACCGAGGGCCAGAAGCUGGUCAAGGCCGAGCUCUGGGAGUUCGACUACCUGAUCACCAAGGACAAGCUCGAGGAGGACGACGACCUCGAGAAGUUCCUCAACCCCACCACCGCCACCAUGGACGAGGCCUGGUGCGACGAGGGCGUCAAGGACCUCAAGAAGGACGACAUCAUCCAGCUCGAGCGCCGCGGCUACUACCGCGUCGACAAGGGCGUCGACGAGGGCGAGGACAAGGGCAAGAUCGUCCUCUUCGCCAUCCCCACCGGCAAGGCGAAAUAA